AUGGGAACGACGCCGGAUGAUAGUGACAGCACGGAGUCCUUACCUGCCCCUAAACGACUCACCAUGGCCAUGGUGACAAUCGAUCGCCCGACGGUUGCACCUCCGGUGAGGGUUCCCGCUCCACUGCCAUCGGAUCCUCCAUCCUCCAGAAGAUCGAGCACCUCGCCCGGCAACUCGGAGGUGAUUGCAGACCCUAACCUCGCCAACCCUCGCCUUCUGACCAACCAAGCCUGUAUCUAUGAGCGUCGACUACCGGGCGAUGCCUACAUCACCGCCCAUGUGCAGCGCCUGCAGCAUGGCUUCUACUCCAGCUCCGCUGUUUCGGAUCAGGACUCCGACCACGUUGACUUCCUCGGCAUUAACUUCGUCUUCCACUCACCCAACACCAUGACGCAUCGCUUUAAAGCAGCGACUAUUCGCGCUUCGGUCCAAAGCAACCGCGACAAACCCUCGUCGUCCUCCGCGCCUCCGACCAGACGACACUCCCGAUGCUCCGGCCCCUCGCGAAGCCAGCGGACCCCCCAGCGCCCUCGAAAUCCGCGCUUCCUCAAGCACGCGCCGCAUCUCCUCUACGGCGCAAUGUCGCCGGAAACCCUGCAAUGGAACUACAGUCUCGCGGGGUCGAUAGGGGUCGCCCAGCUGCCGCUGAUGGCCAGCUUGUCGCCGUCCGGGGGCAUGAACGGUCGAUAUCGACGGUACGAGAUGAUGCGCAUCCAAGGAUCGGUUCGAUCGCUGAAGAGCCCGCGCGGACACAAAUUUGACGUCGAGGCCGGCGAGAUCGUCUGGACACUCGAGGAAAACAAUCUACAACGGUCGGGCCUGCCGCGGGAGUUCACGUUCGCUAUGUUGAUCCAGAAACCGCGCGCCGACAGCCGCGUGCGGUUCGCCCUCGACAUCGAGCCGGUGCUGCAAUUCGGCUACUGGACCUAUCCCAGCUGGUGGUUGGACAUCCCCAAGUAUCAGCCCGUGCCUCGACGGCCGCUCGACUUCCGAGUCCAAGUGGGCCAGCGGUUCGAGCCCAUCACGUCCUCGAAGGGAUUCAAUUUUGCGACCCUGGAAAGCUCUUUCGACGACUACGUGCACAUGCCUGGUCGGAAGGUUUCUUCUAUGGUAAGUCAACCCCCCUCCACCCUCGAACAACACAGAGCAGGUCUCUAA